CGAAGAGGCUUUCCUCGGCACUGAUUAAUGAACUUUCCUUCAGAAAAACCAAAGGUGUAUCAAGGGGUCCGGGUGAAGAUCACAGUGAAGGAGCUGCUGCAACAGAGGAGGGCACACCAAGCAGCAUCAGGGGGAACCUUGUCCCGGAGCAGCAGCGUCCAGUUUUCAGAAGCCGUCUCACCUUCUUCUGCAGCUCCACAUUUUGAACCAGAGCCUAUUUCUUCUGCUCCCAACUAUUUUCAGCCCCAACAAUUUUCCAGUUGUGUGUCCUGUGAAGAAAACUCCAACUGCCUUGACCAGAUCUUUGAAUCCUACCUUCCACCAGAGACACUCCAGGACCACUCACUCAGCUCCACACAAGGCGUCCCACCAUGUUUCCCAGACAGCUUUCAAGCUACCCCAUUCUGCUUUAACCAGAGCCUGGUACCGGGAUCACCUUCAGAUUCAUCAACUCUGUCCAGCCCUUUGGACUACAGUUACUCCCCACCUCAGCAGCCUUCACUGGCUCCAGUGACUUACAGCUAUUCCUCCUCCCUGGACACCAGGAACUGUGGGUAUCCCUCAGAAGAGUAUUCUUAUCAUCAUUUCCACUCUCACCUGCAAUACAGCCGUUGCACCUCCUCCUCCUCUUCCUCCAUUUGUUACUGCACAUCAUGUGAGACAGAGCACUUGGAUACCAUCAAAGUUUCAGAGUACUUCUCAUAUCCAGAUACAGACUAUAUAGACUAUUCCCAUUCCCUGCCAACAGCUGUGGCUGAUGAUUUCUAUAGAAGGGAAGCAGAUUGUGACAUCUGCUACAGUUAAUGGGAUCAGGAUUUCUUUGGAGUACUGUACAUGCACAUUUUUCUACUCAUUAGGUAACACCUCAAAAAAUACCGUCUAAGAAUGGAUGUCACAAGAGUACAGUUCACACCAUCACUACUUCAGUUUUUUUUUUCUUGAUGUUUUGGAUUUUUAAAAAAUAUCCUAAUGUUAACUUAGCCAUCGGCAAUAAGCCCUCUUAAUCUUACCAUAGCCACACUCCUGCCUUGUACACUUACAGUUAAGAUCCCUUGAAGAAAAGCUUUCACUUAUCUUACUCUUCUGUAUAACAUAUUUUCAGGUUGUUUUUUUUUUUACUAAUAAAUAAUUUUGUAUUAU